ACAUCAUUCACGAGUGUCAGGUGACAAAACAGGAAGAAAGAGAGAGGAGACUUCUCGGACCUCCAGCAAAAGCCAGUGGGUUCACGACCCAAAAGCAGCAUUUUAAUUUGAAAGAAUCAGAACGAUAGAAGGUAAGAGCGAAAUACCAGUAUGGAGGAUGAUGAACUUCCGUCAGCGGAUGGGUUGGCUGUGCGUGGCUCUUUACUUGCUACUCAGCGUCAUGGCAGUGUACUACGUGUUUGAGGUCCACAGCUUCAGUUUGGAGCACGUGCAGAGAGGUGGGGCUGGCCCAUCAGCGCCAUCCCUCGCAAUCAGCUGGUCUCAGCGGGUGACUGCUUACCUGCCACCACUUCCUGUCUGGUUAUGGGCGUUGGUUUUCCUUCUGCCAUACCUGCAGCUCUUCCUCUUCCUUUUCUCCUGCACGAGAGCUGACCCCCGAGCAGUGGGUUAUUGCGUCCUUCCUGUCUGCCUCGCCCUGCUGUGCAGCCGCCAAGCCACACGCAAACCGGCCAAUCGGAAAAUUCCGACACUGAUCGACACGUAAGCGGACGAACAAUCAGAAGCCUGCUGCUCAGCCACGAGAGGGCAAUCAAUCAGAGGGGCUCACUGCCGGACAACAGACUGAACUCCUCCUGUGUGCCUUUUUGUUUCUAUUAGUUAGGAGUUGAUGAAAAGACUGCUCAGAAUUUGUGUGUGUGUCUGCGUAGCAUGGCAUCUUUAUUACAAAAUCAAUAAAAUGGAGAAACAAUGA